UGGCAAGAAAACAUUUAGCAAAAUCCUUAUAAAAUGUUGGACUAUCUGUAUUAUCUUGGGAAGCUUUGCUAAAACAGCAGCAAAGUAGGCCUACGGUUGUUGGGGGUGGAGAUACUAAAGAGUUAACGUUUGUAGGACUACAACAAGCUUAUUUAGGAAGCGAACGUUAGCUAGCUUAGCUAAUAACAAACCACCUUCUUUCUUCAGAGGUGACAGUGUCCCUUCCAUGUAUUGCUGUAGAGACACAUGGAGGGCCUGACUUCUCUCUAACACAAGCUUUAGAAGAUGUCUCUCAACAAGGAUAUGCCCAGAUUGUGGCCCUCCGGGAGAAACAACAAGUGCUCAGCUCUCUCCAGGCCAUAUUAUCAGACAUUGAGAAGAAAGGCAAAGAAGCUGAAGUGGAGUUAAAAUCCAACGUGAGGCAGAUUCUCAUCCUGGAGGGUGAGAUGGAACAACUGCAGCGACACAUGCAAGACCUGGGCUUGCGUUCCGUCACCGUCUACAACGAAAACACAGAGCUCCGACUGCUGAUCGAAGAAGAGGAGGACAACUUUAGCCGUGUGCUGGCCGGUUACAACACCUACCGGAACAAGAUGGAGGGCCACCGGACAGCCGUCUUGCAAGCGGAGAGCCAGACGAGGGCUCACAGGGAGCUAGUGGAGAAGAGGGCUCUGGUCAGAAUCCUCACAGAGAGGAGAGAGGAGCUGAGGGCCGACCUGGAGAACCCAGAGGGGAAUGCUGUGAAGCAGGCACAGAAAGAGUUGGAUGACAUGAGGGGGCAGAUCUCAGACCGGAGGAAGAUGGUGACUGAGAGAAGAGAGCUCAUCCUGAAGGAGUUUGAGAGUCACACACUGAUCAAGAAGCAUAUCGAGAUCCAGAACAGACGGUACGAUGCCAUCGUGAAGCGUCUCCACUGCCAACUAAUGAAGGCCCAGUCCGGCCACAGGCAGUUGUCUGAUGAUAUCUACCACAUGGAGAGAGAGAUCCAGGACCUCAAGAGACACCUCGAGGUGCCAUAAGUUAGCAUUCUGGUUCAUAAAACUGUAUGUUUUGUAGUAUGACCUAAGGCUAGGAGUUUUCCCUAACCAAGACAUACUUCAGGCACUAGUGUAGGUCUGUGCAUAACUGUUUUGUUGCUCUUCAUUUUCUUUUUUACACUUUUCUCUCUCAUAGUUUUUUCAGUGAAAGUAAUGAAUUGGAAAGCCAUUAAACAAAAACAUGUCUUU